UUUGUUGUCGCGGUCGCGGUAUUUGCUCAGUGGUCGCGAUACCUUUAUUUUUACCAUUUUCAAAGGCAUUUUGUUGCUUUUGUUGUUUGAGGAAACCAAAAGAAAUGUACUACAAACCCAAGGAAUAAGCCAUAAGCUUCUCGGUGGCAUCCUUUAUAUUCUGCAUGCAAACAUUCUGCACUGUCGUCAGUUCUUUUCUCUGCCAUCUCCAGAACUGAAGAUAAACUCUGAGAUGGAUUCGGAUGCCCCCGCUGCUGAUGCUAGUGCUGAUGUGGAGAUGAAAGCGAUGAGGGAUCAACUAAUGGAAUUUGGGCUUGAAGAUGAAAAUUUGAGCAAAGAGGAAAUGGUUGAUUUAUUGAAAGCCCUCAACAAUUCAAAAUCCAGUGUUAAAGAAGAUGAACUUCUGAGACAAAAUGUUGAAGUCACAAAAACCAGUUCACCGGAGAAGACUUUAAAAAGGCGCUAUUUAAAUGUACGAGAUAGGAGACUACCAUGGAGUUUAUUCCCAAAUGACCUCACAAAUGCCGAGAAGGCCAGAGCCCUUGCUGCCUACAUCAAACUAAUGUCUAUCAACAACUACAGGCAGGCACGCCAGACCGUCACAUUUGCGUCAUGGCCACCACCAAUGCACAUUGUUGAAGAAUCUAACUCCAGGUCACUACGAUCCACCAGGAGUGGGCGAAGUGUGCCCGUAUACUGCGAUGAUGACUCCUCCGACAUAGACUUUGUUGUUGUGAAGCCCAAGAAGAGGAAGGUCUCUAAUUCUGAGACCAACGAAGGAGUAUAUUCCAACAAGGUUGUGAGCUUAAAGCGGAAGCCUUCCAAAGAAGACCACAGACCAAUUAAGGAGUUAAAGCUGAGUAGUGACAGUAAAGUAGAGUCUGUAAACACCAGUGGCAAUGCAAAGGGUAAAAGAGACUUCUUUACAAUCAUUGAAGACUGAAGUAGGAUAACAUACGUGAUUAAAAUUAUAUCUUGCAUUUUGUUGUUAUAAUAUUUUUACAAAUUAGUUUGAGUAUUGGUUAUUAUUGUUUUUAUUUAUUUAGAUAUUUUAAUAACUCCAUACUGUAUGCAAAUUGUUUUAAUUUUAUCCAUGCAUAGUACGGCAUCUAUAAAAAUAUGUUAAGAUUAUAUUAUUUUACAAAUGCUGCUAUGAGUAAAUAAUAGACAUCACUAACUUAAAAAAAAUAAGGAGUGCGAUUAAUAAAUUUCCAAUGGAUUUAGGUAUGAAAGUGAACAAGCCUAGUAAAGGUUACAAAUUGUCAUAGAAGGUUCAUUAAAAAUGAUUCCAGUAGAAUUAAAAAAAACGCCAAAAUAAUAAUGAAUAUACCUGAGUACACAGCAGCAGUAGUACCUAUUUCUUACGAAAAUUUGUAUUGAGCAGAUGUAGAUACGUACUAAAUAUUGUAAGCCUGAUCACUGAUAAUGUAAAAGAGGUAUGAAGUGUGUACCUAUAUUAAAUAGGAUGGUGCUUGUAUUUGGAUCUCUUUGUACUGCGACGAGAGUGGAAAGAUGUGUUUGUCUAUGUAUAAAUUGCGCUUUUUGGCAUUUGUAAGCCAGUUUUUGUAAUACCUACGAUAAUGAUAAAUGAUCAUUGAUAACUUGAUAAGCCAGCUGGGAUGAAAUUUUAAAAUGUAUGCGUGUGCGUGUAUGUGCAUACGUCGUGUUUAGCCUGACCUCCUUAAAUCAUAGAACAAUGUUCCUAUAGACCUACCUACGGUAUAUUUUGCCCUUUUAAAUUGUUGUCACUAGGUAUUAUUAAACAACAUAAUUUAAAUUAGGGUUAAAGCAUGUAAGUACCUAGGUAUUCAAUCUGUAGUUCGCGCCUUUGAUGGUGUACAAUAUUAAUCUGUAGAGCCAGCACGACAUUGCCUUUGUGUCUAUCAAGAAAUAAAAGCAUUUACUUAUUUAAAUAACCUACCUGGUGAAUUUUAUUAACAAAAUGAAUGUAUUGCUUAAAAAAGUGGUAGCAACCUCAACCGAAGUAGCUUAGAAUGACCAGAAGAGUCAUCCUUUUUCGACUUGAUACCAUUUUUACAACCCCCUGUAUUUUCUGGCUAUACGAUGGCGCUGCGAAGAUAAUGCCGUGCUGGCUGCUAGCAAUAUCGCUUUUGCAAUAAAGAGAAAAUAAUACCCAGA